GAAUGUCACUGUCACUUUGUUGAAAUGAUCAAAAUGAAUUGUUAUGAUGAAAAAGUAAAAUCAGAUAUCUUCAAAGCUUCCACUACCUACCAGAAUGAUUAUAAAAAAUACUGCGGUAUUACGCGAGAGUUUCCUACCUACGAGAGGCAGAGAGAAGAGGUCAGAACUCCUCCUCCAAAACCCAAGAGAGGGGAAGAUCACGAGACUUUUGCACAAUGGAGGGAAGGAAUACAUAUUCCGUUUGAUCUUCUGUUGAAUCCAAAACCCAUCAUUCAAACAGAUCCUCGGAAACCGUUUAAAAAAUUAGAGCCAAUUGCAAGACAAGGAACAGAUGAAGCCAUAAAGACUAGACCAAGGGUAUACAUGACCCCGGCAGUCAGUAUGGAUGAUGUGCCAGAAGCAGAAAUGAGAAAUUUAUUAUGUCAACACGUUUACACUAGUGAAUGGAGAAGAGCAGAAAAGGAAGCGACGGAAAAUUUCAAAAAAAUAAUUCCUCAGAUUGGAAAAAUUGAAACCAAAGACACGGUAACUCUGCAAACCGAUCUCUACAAACCCAUCAAUGAGAAAUUCAGACGAUUAG